CUAUAUUGAGAAAACUUUUUUUGUUAAAUAAACAAUUUGUAUUGCACAUAAUUAAAAAAUUAACCUGAUGAUCACAAACCAAAUAUGAUUGAAAUAGAUCUGAACACGCUUUCAUUUCUUUUGAUCUAAAGGUUCUGUUUUUACGCCCCGUAGAUCUGAUAGGACACGGCCCUUUCAACCAAUCAAGUCAGUCUGGAUUGUCAACCAAAACAAAAACAGCUUUUCUGUUUGAUUAGUUACCACUGAAGUCUUCGUACAGUAGCCUACAAUUCAGGAAGCUGUAAGCAGGUAACGUUUUAAUGCUUGUGUUGCCACGGCCGAGAACAACAUACAGUCAGUGGGGCUAUAACACUUUUAGACUGGAACUCUGGAACUCCCAUAUUACCCGUAGCAAAGAUGAACUGGAUGUACCUUCAGGCCCUGUUGGGUGGAGUUAGCAAAUACUCCACCGUGUUUGGUCGUGUCUGGCUAUCAGUGGUCUUCACAUUCAGAGUCAUGGUGUUUGUGGUGGCCGUUCAGUCAGCGUGGGGCGAUGAAGUCAAAGACUUUGUCUGCAACACGGCCCAGCCGGGCUGUACCAACGUCUGUUUUGACCAAUAUUUCCCCAUUUCCCAUAUCCGCCUAUGGUCUCUUCAAUUGAUUUUCAUCACGUGUCCAUCUCUAAUGGUCGUGGCUCAUGUCAAGUAUCGUGAAAUGAAGGAUCAGCAAUAUACUACACUCCACAAAGACGAACACCUGUACGUGAACCCAGGGAGGAAGCGUGGAGGACUGUGGUAUACCUACAUACUCAGUCUGGUGUUCAAAGCAGGCUUUGAUUCAGGCUUCCUCUACAUUUUGUACAUAAUUUAUGGUUUCGAUAUGCCAAGGAUGUUCAAAUGCGGUCAGGAACCUUGUCCAAAUAUAGUCGAUUGCUACAUAAGCCGUCCUACAGAAAAGAAAAUCUUCACCAUUUUUAUGGUGGUCUCCUCUUGUGUGUGCAUCUUCAUGUGUAUUUGUGAGAUGAUCUACCUGAUUGUCAAAAAAGUUCACAAGUUCUUGCUCAAACAGCAUCAAAUGAGCGAGGCCAAAUAUACAUCAUAUAGGAGGAUAGACCCAACAGCCUCAUCCACACAAAACCUCAGUAACACUGAAAAGGCAAAGGCUUCUGCACAGGAAAAGACAUUAGAACAGGCCUGAAUGUAAUGAUACCAAACAUGAAAAACAGUCACUUGAAAAAGACACUUAAGACCAUCAGCAAUAAAGUUUCCACCAGUGUUGGGGGUAACGCAUUACAAGUAACGUGAAUUACGUAAUAAUAUUACUUUUCUGAAGUAACGAGUAAAGUAACGCAUUACUUUAUAAAUGCACACAUUAAUAUUUGAGUUUUUUUUUUAAAAGUAGUGCAAGUUACUUUUCAGUUUAAUUACUUAGAUUUAAGAAAAUAUAUAAUGCACUGAAUUAAACUGAACAUAGUCACGUAGAAUUACGCACAAUAUAUGCGUGUGCGCCCAAGCGGAAAUAGUUUGAGUCAGAAACAGAGAUGGCAGGCCAGAGCUCGACAUUUGUGCGAUAGAAAAUGCAACUUCUGAAUGCAAAACUUCUCAGUCAUAAAAAAACACCUGCAAUGCCUGAAAGAAGAAAAAAUUUAACUUAAAAGUAACGCAAGCAUUACUUUCCAUGAAAAGUAACCAAGUAACGCAAUUAGUUACUUUUUUGGGGAGUAACUUAUUGUAAUGCAUUACUUUUGAAAGUAACUUUCCCCAACACUGGUUUCCACACUGUACUAUGCACACCAAGGAAUGUUUUUGAGACUUAUUUCUGUAAAUAAUAAAAAUACUGAAACAUUUUUAACAAAUAAUACAAUUUUAAAUAUGUUUAUGUCAGAUACUCGGUGGGAAAUGUACGUACAGGGACGUCCUAUAGUGUAGAGAAAAUACAGCCCCUGGAAGAACAACGUGGUAACGUGGUUGGAGCAGACAUCAGUAAACAUCCUGUCAUGUCACACUCAGACUGUACAAGAACAUACUAUUCAAACAUGGACAAAGCUCACAUUGAAAAAGUGUUAUAUUAUAGCUACUCUCUAAAGUAUCUAUUUGAUGUAUAUGAUUUGCACAACAUAUAUAUGUAUUUAUGUUUGCACUAUAUAUAAAUAAAGUUUACAUUAUGACAAAUAAAUAUGGUUUAAUCUAAAC